AUGGCUUCUGGCAAACUCGUGAGCCCUUCGUCCAUUGGGCACUUCGGUAUCCGCACGACCCCGGACAAGUUCGACGCCAUGGUCGAAUGGCACCUCAACUUCUUCGGCGGCCAGCUCAUCCUCCGCAACAAGCACGCCGCGUUCAUCGCCUUCGACGAGGAGCACCACAGGCUCGUCAUCGUCGCGGACCCCAAGCACACCGUGAACAACAAGCAAACGGGGACGGGCGUGUACCACAUCGCCUUCACGCUGGACAGCCUCGCGGAUCUGGUCACGAGCUACGAGCAGAAGAAGGCCCUGGGCAUCGAGCCCCAUUGGCCUGUUAACCACGGCAUGAGCACCAGCAUGUACUACUUUGAUCCGGAUGGCAACGAGUUCGAGCUGCAGGUGGACAACUUCAAGACGGCGGACGAGGCGCGCCGCUUCAUGGAGACGGAGGAGUACGCGCGGAACCCCAUUGGCGUCGAUAUUGUUGUGGAGGAUCUCAUUAGCAGGGUCAAGAGCGGCGAGGACGAGGAGAACAUCAAGAAGAGGCCGGAGAUUGGGCAGCGAUUGUCGCGAUCCAACCAGACUCACGAGAGAUCUUGGCUCACGCCACACGCCACCGGUCCCUGCAUCAAGCUCUCAAGCCCGCGGGGUCCGACAAAUCUCCCGGACGGCUCCUACAUCCAAACCGUACCCGGGCAAGCUAGCCCACCCGCGGGAGGCUGCCUUGACCUUCACGUCGGGAGUGGCCAGCGUGCCAUGGAGGAGGCUGGCGUGUUUGACGAGUUUAAGAAGAACUCGAGGGAUGGCGAUGCCACAAUCCACCUGCUGUAUAACAUGCAUGGCGAAAAGGUCUUCUCCUUUGGCGAGGGCCGCGAUGCCCCCGAGAUCGACCGAUGGCAGCUCCGAAACGUGCUCAUGACCGCCAUCCCCAAGGAGAGGAUUGCCUACGAUAAGCCUGUCGUCGACUCCCAUAGGGACGCCAACAACAACAUCGUUAUAAACUUUGCGGACGGAACAACGGCGUCGGGCUUCAAGCUCGUGAUCGGCGCCGAUGGUACCUUUAGCAAAAUUCGCCAUUUGGUCACCGAUGCGAAACCCGCGUACUCGGGCCAGUUCUUCAUCACCAGCAAGAUCCACCCCACCAACCCAUUCUAUCCCAAGAUGGAAGCCAUGGCGGGACAGGGCGCCAUGAUCAUCAUGGGAGACGGCAAGCACAUGUUUAAUUCACGCCAAGGAGACGGGCAUUACCGCAUUGAUAUUGGUCUUUUGGGUACUGAAGAGUUUGCCGCCAAUCCCUUUGACUCGUCCAAUCACGCUGCGGAAGUCAUCUCGCAGAGCGACGGACCUUUCCGUCCCUGGGUCAUGUACUACAUGCCCACGGACCGCCUCAACUGGGAGGCUUCCUCCGAUGUGACUCUGAUCGGGCUGAAUAAGGAGGCUAUUGCGGCGUAUGAGGCAGACAUGUUCCCCUACGCGAUUGAUGUAAUUACGAGGAGUAGGCAGAGCGGAGAGAUGUUCUUUGACAAGAACGGUCCCAAGACCUUUUGGAUGUCAUGA